AUAUACUCGAUAUCUAGUAGUUGUUUGUAAAAAGGUUAUCUCUAACAAUCGGUCACUUUGACAACCGGAGAAAAAUUUUGUUUCAGCAUUUUGUGUGAGACGCAUUUUAGAUACAUAUAUAUAUAAAGUUGCAAUAGUAUAGAAAGAAUCUACGAGAAAACUAACGAAAUUUAAAAAAUGGCCGCUCCAAUACAACAUGAAGAUUUACUUAAGCUGAAAGGCUUUAUUGAUUUUGUCAAUACAAAUCCCACGGUAUUGAAUAUGCCCCAAUUGCAGUUUGUGAAAGAUUUUGUAGAAAAGUUCGGCGGCAAGGUGCCUGACGGUGAUUUCAAGAUGCCGGACACUGGCAAAUGCCCUUUUGGUGGCGAUGCCGGUCCCAAAGCAAAGCCGGCGGAGUCUUCGGCUGCGGAUGAUUCAGAUAAAAGCGAUGAAGACGCAUACAUUUCGGAGCCAGAGUCUGAUGUCGAAUUAGAUAUGGAAGGUGUCAUUGAAGCCGACGUCGAAUCAGCUCAGCCAAUGGGUGACUCAGAAAAAGUAGCCACUGAGGAAGAAAUCGAUCAGGCUAGCGAUUUACGUAGCCAGGCAGCAGCCGCUUACAGCGAACAGAAAUUCGAAGAGGCCAUCAGUUUCUAUACUAAGGCCAUUGAGUUGAAUCCUGGGAAUGCCCUAUUCUAUGCCAAGCGUGGCCAAGCCUUUUUGAAGCUGAAAAAGCCGAAUGCAUGCAUACGUGACUGCGACAAGGCUUUGGAGCUCAAUUGCGACUCGGCGGCGGCCUACAAGUUCCGUGGACGCGCCAAUCGUCUGCUCGGUAAGUUUGAGGAGGCUGCCAAGGAUUUGCGUCAGGCAUGCAAGCUGGACUUCGAUGAGGAGGCCGACGAAUGGCUGCGCGAGGUGACACCCAAUGCCAAGAAGAUAGAGCAGCACCGCAUCAAGCAAGAGCGCAAGAAUGCCGAACGCAAGAUUAAAGAGCGCCAGCGUGCACAGAACAAGGCUCGCAAGGAGCAGGCUAAAAGCAGUGCAGGAGGCAGUUUUCCGGGAGCUGGUGGCUUCCCAGGUGCUGGCGGUUUCUCAGGUGGUGGCGGCUUUCCUGGUGCUGGUGGCGGAAUGCCCGCCGGCUUCGACGUUGGCGAUUUGAUGUCAAAAAUGAAAGAUCCAGAAGUGGCGGCUGCCAUGCAAGACAUACUGGGCAAUCCGGCUAAUAUUUCCAAAUACGUGUCCAAUCCGAAAAUGUUUAACUUGGUUAAGAACUUCUUCCCGGGUGGCUUCCCAGGUGGUGGCGCUGGAUUCCCUGCUGGAGAUCCAACUGCUGGCGAUGCUGACAGCGAAGAAGCUGCCUUCUGUGAUGCAGAAGGCAAGCCCGCCAACAGCAGUGAACCGAAGGCCAAAAAGGAGUCGUCCGAUUUCGUGGACGAUGGGCUCGACUAAGCUUAUGCAAAACUGGCAAAAGACGCAACAGCAACAAUUAAUAAUAAUAAUUAAUACAAACAAAAUUACCAAAAAGAAAAUGGGUGGAAAAGAACACAAAGCUACACAACACACACACAAUCACGAUUUAGAGCGAGAAAACAAUAUGCAAUGAUUAGAACGAAUAUUAAGAAGACUAGAAUAUAUAAUCCUUAUCUAAACAUAAUGUAAAGUUUAGACACUAAAGCGUUGCUGCUGCAUCCAUAUUACACGCGUCUCUUUGCCGAAAACAGAAAAAGAAAACAAAAUAUGCGGGCAAGAAAAAGAAAAUGUUUCCUUAUUAACAUAUAUAAAUUUAUCGAUGAUAUCUAGUUGAACUAAAACUCGAUAAGAGAAAAAAACACACAAGCAAAAUAAAUGAACACGUUUAAAUUUACACACAUACACUCGAAGCAUACACAUUAAACCAUUAGCCUUAAUUCUAACCCGAUGCUGAAGAUGAUAAUGAAAACACGAAAUACUAAAUACAGUUAAACAUAUAAAUAUAUGUAUAUGUAUUUUAUAUUCACACAGCUGAAAUACGAAAAACAAAAAUUAUAAAUUGUACUGAUCGCAGGAUUUGAAUUCUAUAUAUUGUUAUAAACAAAUGCAUUUAACAGCCAUCACAUACACACAUACACAUAUGCGCGCGUACAUAUUAAUGCCAACUUUGGCUCACUUGCCAAAAUUCCAAUCGAUAUUAAGAUUGGCCAAUAUAUUGUCAAACAUCAAAUAUUCAUACACUCAUUCACUGAAUCAUUCAUAUGUCAUACACCCAAAGCAAAGUCAUUGAUAAAAAUAAAUUAAUGAGAAUUGGAACU